AUGAGUCGUCGUCACUAUGGUUGUGUUCUUUGCGGAUAUGCAAUUUCCGGGUUUUCAACACCUACCUGGAAAGUACCUCCCUGGCUGAGCGAAUUCCGUGCAGUCUGGACAUAUCCACCACUUGGAAUCUAUACCUCUGGGAUUGGUACCUUUGACAUAUCAGUUUGCACAUGGACUGUACCUAUUGAUCCAGAUAUGCGUGUGCUUAAUCCCGACAUACCAUUCAAUGACAAAGCCCACAUCACUGUCAUGAGAAGCCGCCCGAGAAGAGGCAUAGAGUUAAACUCGCAUGGAUACGUCUUUCAUGAUGCUUGCUUUGAGCUUCUCAGGGAGACCGCACCUGGGGUUUGGGUUGAUCCCUGUCGACUUUACAGGAUAUGCAAGUCGUUACCUUUCUCUUAUCGAGGUAUUGGUGUUUGCUGGGGCCAUGAUUAUGGGGGCCUCUGUGAAAUGGACUUCGAAAAUCAACACCAUUACCCAUGGGAAGAUCGAGUCAUGCGGACAUACAAAGAGUCGAAAGUCCUUGAAAAUGCGAGAUAUAAUCCACUUUUGAUCCAGGAGUUGGAUGAGUGCAUAUCGGUGCAUAUAGAUCCUGAAUAUCAACAUAAGUACCUCGAAUGGGCUGGCUCGAGUAGCAGAAAUUGCUUCUCGCUCCUUCCGUGGGAGAUUCGCGUGAUGAUAGCGUUGUGCCUACCUAUCAAGGAUGUUUUGAGCCUUGUCAAGUCCUCCAAGGCCUUUCUCCCACUUUUGAGUGACCAGACCUAUUGGGCUUCCGUUUUUGAUCCCGGUGCCGAGUGCGGCUUUCUCUUCGAGAGAUCACACUUAAAGCGCUCGCCAGAGAUUGAUUGGAUUGCUAUCUACAAAAAAACGAUGUAUACCAAGGAUAUAUUUGGCAUGGAGAAUAGAAAGAGAAUCUGGCCUUUAGCCAAGAGGAUUGUCAAACUGCUUGAGCUGCAUCCGCCUCACGAGAAUGAUGACUUCUUCGGGGAUGACCAUGUACGGUCUGACGAGAUUGAAGAUAUGGCUGAAGCUGAAGAAGAUGAAGAAGAUCCUGGUGCGCGUCGAUGGAAGGUUGCGGCGGAUAUCAAAUCGCCUACGGUAAUCAAUGACGAAUUCGAGGCGGGUUGUCGGCUACUCUUCGAUCAAACUGUAACUUUACCCGAAGAUCUCGUUUCUAUCGCUUUUUCAGUCGUGGCGGAUGGAUACACCGAAUACCUCGUUGGUAUGCGUUUCAUAUCGAAGGAUGGCAGUUCCAUACAAUUGGGCUAUCUGAACAGACAUAAGGAGCUAUACUACAAAGUCACGUCAUUUCAAGGGUUUAUUGUGGCGAUGGGAUCGCGAGGAUUGCACGGUCUUCGAAUUCUCGGCACAGAUGGGAGUAUCUCAGAGUGGUUUGGAUCUCCCAAGGACUCGCCAAUAUCGGAACGACUGAUGAGCGUCCAGUCUAUUACUAAGUUGGAAAUUGGUCUAGAUGGUUAUAAAAUAGUUUAUCUGAAAUUAGGUGGCGUAGAUCAAUCAGAUUAUGACCACCAGGUUGCACCUUGGAGGGAAUCAGCCUUGUGGUAUCCUGGCGUACCCGCUCCGAAUCUGUUUGUGAAUGAAGCGUCAUUUAUAGGCGAACAUCCACUUACCACUAGCUAUCAACCAUUAUGCUACAUCGACUUUGGCGGCCCCAAUGGUGUCUAUCUUCGAUCGUUGACCGAAAUCCGUGUUUUUGCGAACAUAGACAUCUUGGAAAUCGACUUUCUAUAUGAAACUAACGCCGCACAACCGAUACAACCACAAAAGCUAGGUCGUACCGAGAGAAAUUUCAGUCCAGCUUCUGCCCAAAUCUUCUUCAGUCCAGGUGCUGCACAAGCCUUCUCCAGUUCAGCUUCUGUGCAAACCUUCUCUAUAGACGGCCCUGGUGGAGAAAUUAUACAGCAUGUUGAGGUAAUUGUAAUACGUACAGAGCGGAAUGAUGCAUAUAGUUUUGAGAGACAUGGGAAACUGAAAUCCUUCAAGAUUACCACGAAUCGCGGAAGAUCUGUCCAUUUUCGGCCUCCUAGAAGGUCGAAUGACGGUACUCUUAGCCCAUUGACACCGAUGGCGAUUGAACCAGGGACUACUAUUACUGGGUUCUAUGGCAGUCAGAAAAUGCCAAUGGCAAGUCUAUUCAGCUUAGGCGUGAUUUCUCAGAUGAUUCACUAG